AUUUAACAAUAAUCAUCACAUCCUUGUUUGUGGGAUAUUUUGUUUGGACUAUUCAAGUCUUCUUGCUUCGACGACUGCCAUUUGCGACGUUGCUUUUGCUUGUGCACGAUUUUCUCUGCUCUAUCUUAUUUUCUGCCCCUUCAACAUCUGCUAAUGGACAACAGGCAUACAAUUAUUCUAAUGCAAACAUCACACAACAGAGCAACUAGGACAUUUAUGGAUUAUCAGUCAAUAAGUCAAGCCAUGGACGGUAUCUGUGCUUUGUAUGAGAGGAAGCUAAAGGAAAUAAAUCCUACUAUCCGAAACAUAAGUUAUGAUAUUAAUGAUCUUUACAAUUUCAUUGAUGGGCUCACAGACAUGAGUGCUUUAGUUUAUGACCAUUCAAUUCAAGCGUACCUGCCUUGUGAUCGGCAGUGGAUCAAACAGAAGACACUCCAACGACUCAAGAAAUUGGCUCAACGAAUAGAGUAAAUGAAACUCCUUAUGAUUUUUGGUGUGAAGAACUGUAGAUUUUAUUUGCAUUGCUUAAGCAGUCUCUUAGUAAGAACAAUGUUUAUAUUGGCAAAAGUUCGAGAUUGUGAUAUGUUGUAUCCAUUGUAGCAUCUGGAUAGGAUGAUACAAUGAUAAUAUCAAAAUAUUUGAAGUUAUAAAAAUUUCAACCGGCUGACAGAUUUCUGUCAUUUGUAGCA